AUGCAGCAGACUGGAGAAUCACCCAGUGCCCUCCCGGGAAAAGUCACUGGCGGAGGGGGACCGCGAGUAUCGCUAGCCUGCAUCCCUUGCCGCACAAGACACAUCAAAUGUGAUGCCACCCGCCCCUACUGCCACCGAUGUGCUUCGUCGGAGAGGGAGUGCCACUACGAGCGGUCGCGACGCGGGGGCCUCGACAGAGAGACCCUGGCCGCCCGUCGACGGGUUCGUGACGCCCACGAAGCAGCCACCGCGGCAUCGUCGUCGCCCUGUGCGUCGUCGCCCUUCCCCUCGUCGUCUUCCGCUUCCACCGACUCGUCCUCCUCGCCCGCCGAGAAAUCGGUCGCGGUGUCGGGGGUAGAUGUACCUGCUCACCAGCUCGCCCGGCCCCUCUGGUGUCCCAUCUCGGUUGACGACGUCGACGCGGGGCAGCAGCAGCAGCAGCAGCAGCAGCACCAACCCCAGCUCCUGCAUGGCAACAUCUCCUUCGGGCUCCAACAGUUCUCCCACUUCUACAGCGAGCCCGCCCCGAGCGUCUGCCUCGACCCGGACCUCGUCGACGACCGCCUGAUCCUCGCCUACUACGAGCACUUCCACCGCCUGCACCCCUGCGCCCUACCGCGCAGACGCCUCACAGACCUCUACCGGGACCCCGCCGACCGCGCCGCCCUGGAACCCGUCGUCACCGUCCUGCGCUUCCUCGGGUCGACCUACGCUAGCCCGGACCAGGCCGGCCCCCUCAAGGAGCAGGCCAAGCGGCGCGUGUCCACCGUCUCGAGCGACAGCCCCGCCGCGAGGGCUUUCAUGGCCCAGGCCCGCCUGCUCCUCUCCAUCGGCCUCUUCUGGUACGGCGAAAAGGCCGACGCCAGGAUGGCCAUGGAGGCUGCGAAGCAGCUCGCCUUCGACCUCGGCCUGUUUCGGCGCGAGUUUGCGCCCCAGCACGGUCGCGGCGAUCCCGUGCUGGAGGAGUGCUGGCGGCGGACGUGGUGGCAGAUUUUUAUUGUUGACGCCUACUACGCUGCCAUGAGCCGCACCAUCAAGUUUUCUUCGCAGAAUUUCGACGCGACUGCUGACCUUCCUUGUGAAGAGAGCGAGUAUGAAGAAGGGACAAUUCCCGUACCAAAAACUCUGGAAGAGUUCGACUGUCGCGAGUUCGAGCUCGAUGACCACGUCUACUCUUCCUUUGCCUACCACGUCGGGGCCAUCCGCUGCAUAUCAUCCGUGACGGCCGUGGCACCCUUGGAGCCCUCUGGCGAGCUCCCAGCCCAGCUCGUGGCCGACGUAGAUGCCAUCAUAGACGGUUGGCUCCUCCUGCUUCCCGCCUGCAAGAGGGAGAUAAUCACCGGAAAGGACGGGUUGGUUGAUGAGCUCAUGUUCCAGGCUCACAUGGCUCUUCACGCGCUCGUCGUCGGAUUUCACAGACCCUACUCCGACCUCCUCUUCAACCCCCUCGAAAUCCUCUCCAGCUGCAAAAUGGCCACCCCGGACACCUGCACCAUCGGCAGCCUCAUCAACGUCCACACCGUGCGCUGCCUCAAGGCCAUCGAGGGCCAGAUCCGCCUCAUGGCCCUGCCCGCGCGGCCCUUCCACCACACCCCCUUCACCAUCUGCAUGAUCAUCGCGGGAACCAUCCCCUUCCUCUCCGCCUGCAAGUUCCUCUUCCCCAGCGAGCGCCUGGCCAUCGCGCGCCACCAGAUCCGCUUGAGCAUCGGGUGCCUCAAGGCCCUCGCUGCCGCGUGGCCCCAGGGCGUCAUCAACAUCCGCGAGAUUGACGAGUCGUACGAGACGUCGACGGAAGAUGUUGUGUCUUUUACGACGAUGGAGGACGCGCUGCAGUCUUGCUGGGAUGUUUCGGGGAUAUCGACGGAUGCUAGCCUGUACGCGGGUACGUCUAUCGGUUAG